AUGGAGGCCGAAUACAUUCGAGUGGCCAAUAUCAUCCACACCAAUGCGAAAAACAAUCACAGGGGCAGAUAUGUGGUAGCAAUUGCUGGUGCACCAGGAUCUGGAAAGAGCACGAUGGCUGAUGGUGUGUUAAGACAUAUACGGAACUUGUCACCCAAAGUACAGGCAGUGGCGAUCUCAAUGGAUGGCUUUCACUUUCCUCGGUCCGUCCUAGAUCAAUUUCCCAACCGCGAAGAGGCGUACACUCGUCGCGGAGCUCCUUGGACAUUUGAUGCAGCGCGAUGUGUGGACUUUGUGCGGAGACUUCGUGUAUUCGCGGACACGGUGCCCAUUGGGGAUGGAAAGAGCAAAGAAGUCCUCUAUGCUCCGAGCUUUUCCCACGCCGAUAAAGACCCCGUGUCGGAUGCAAUCACGAUCUCUGAUAAUUACUCCAUAAUUAUCAUUGAAGGUAAUUAUUUACUCCUGGAUGAGCCCCAAUGGCGAGAAAUCACAGUGUUCGUGGACUUGCGCAUCUUCAUCCAGGUCGAUCUACGAGAAGUACGAGAGCGAUUGGCGAGACGGCAUGUGGAUUCUGGAAUUGGAAAAUGUCACCAGGAUGCUCUUUUACGGGUCGAUGGUAACGAUUAUGUCAAUGGGGUUACUAUUCACGAAAAGCUUCUGGUACCGGACAUUGUCGUCACAAGUAUACAAGAGGCACUGAUGGGAGGAUGA